AUGGCCGCCGUGUACAAGUCCCUCGCCAAGGUGAGCGGCGACAACUCCAAAGAGGAUGGCGUGGUGAAGCGGAAGAACCGGCAACGUGUGCUGAUCCUCACUUCUCGGGGCGUCACAUACAGACACCGGCAUCUUCUGAAUGACCUGGCAGCUAUGAUGCCGCACAGUCGGAAAGACGCCAAGUUCGACUCCAAGUCCAAGCUCUACCAGCUGAACGAGCUGGCUGAGCUGUACAACUGCAACAAUGUACUAUUCUUUGAGGCACGCAAAGGCCAGGACCUGUACAUGUGGAUGAGCAAGGUGCCGAACGGACCGACUGUCAAGAUGCACGUUCAGAACCUGCACACGAUGGAGGAGCUUCACUUCACCGGCAACUGCCUCAAGGGAUCGCGUCCCGUUCUCUCGUUCGAUGCCGCCUUCGACUCGGAGCCGCACCUGCAGCUGCUCAAGGAGAUGUUUAUGCACACCUUUGGCGUACCACAGGGCGCGCGUCGCUCGAAACCCUUCAUCGACCGGGUCAUGGGCUUCACGGUUGCUGAUGGCAAGAUCUGGAUCCGCAACUACCAGAUCAGUGAGGUCGAGGUUGGCAAGGUCGCCGGCGGAGAGGAGGAGGACGACGACGCCAAGACGGCCAAGGCGGUCAAGGCGGCCAAGGCGGCCAAGAGCGCCAAGUCGGCAAUGAAGGACACGGACAUCACCCUCGUUGAGAUUGGACCCCGGUUUGUCCUCACGCCCAUCGUCAUCCAGGAGGGCGCCUUUGGCGGCCCCAUCAUCUACGAGAACAAGCAGUUCGUCUCACCCAACCGGGUGCGGUCAGAUCUGCGCAAGAAUAAGGCCGAGCGGCACAACGUCCGCGCCGAACAGCAGCAGGACCUCAUCCAGAAAAAGAGCAGCCUUGGCCUGCAGUCCAAGGGCGGUGCUGGUCCGGCCAACCGUGGCGUGCUGGACACAAAGGAGACUGUCUUCUUCGUUUUGUUUCCUCAACUCGCCGUCAAGCCCGCGGUCAACCAGAGUGUCGCUGUUGCAACCCACCCGCUCUGUCAAUCGGCGCGCGACGAGACGAACACCACGAAGAGCAUCAUAAACAUCAACACCAACAACAAAUCAAGCAACAACAUUACCACCAAGAACACAUACUUUAGUCAUGCCCAUUUCACCCCAUAUGUCCCAGAUAGCCCCAAGUGCGGGCUUAAGCGAGGCGCACGGGUUGCAUUUACCCCACACCAGCUAAAGAGCUUCAAGCUGAAGCUCCUGAACGCUUUCUGGAAGGCAACUUUCUCAACCACCUUCCUUGGCACCUCUUGUAUGCUAUUGCCACGAAUGGUACAUGGCACACCGGGGAGUCCGGCUAUGACCGCAGCUACUGGACUGCUCCCGGCUGUUGCUACAUUGCCAUCACCCGAAGUGCUGCCGUCUGCCCUGGACCGUGCACCAGUUGAGGUGCUCGUUCUUGUGUUUCAGCACCUGGACCUGGAUGCAGCAUUCAGCCUAGCUGCAACGAACAAAAGACUCGACCGCAUUUUCACCAGAAAUCGGGCCGUGAUCGUGUUGCGUAUUGCACAGCGGGAAUUCAGCCCGCUGAACGGCUUAUUGCAAGUAGCCAAGGCAUCGCCAGCAGACAUGGCUGUGCCCUGGGGCACGUGGCUGGACAAACGAAUUCGACGGAAGAACGUGGUACUCUGUUCAGGCGGCGUGGCUGGUGUUGACAAGCGGACGAACAUCAGCUUGGUCUCGUCGUUGGCGAACAUUCGCUGUGCCGAAGCCGAGAUAACGAAUGCGGACAUCGACCGCAUACUGGAUGUAUGUCGGGUGGUGCGCGGGUGGGAGCGGAUCUUUCCCCAACAUCGGUUCAACGCCUCACCUCUGCUGACCCGCAGCCUGACGGAAAGGGAGAACUUCCGGCUGCGUCGGGCGCUGUAUAACUGGAUGCGCUAUGCAUUCUACUUCCAUGGCGAUCUGCCGCGGCCAAACGUGUUUGUGCCGGCCGGGAGGGAUGUCCGGGUCAACCACCUGCGGGCGCUGUGCAACGGCCAGUUGGGGGAACUGGCAGAUUUGUGGCGCACGGUAGAAGACAUCAUCGAGAUGUCGCUGUGUCCUUCGGUCGACAUCGUUCGUAUCGGCGCAGACUUCCAGAUAUCGGAGAAAGCUGCGGCUGAGAUCGGCUGGGGUGAGGAGAGGGAGAACAAGACUGUAGUGGCGACAAUGUCGAAGCUGUCUCCACGGCAGCUGCUGCACUAUCUUGACAAUGGGCACAAAUACACCAAGGUGCGACUCAUCGCAGACAUCCGACAACGCAUGGCACAUUUUGAAUCAGACACGGAGAGCCUGACGAGCGCGAUGUCGGUGGUGAGCAUGGAACGGUGGCGGCAGAUGCAGAGACAGUUUCCAGCCCUGGUUCAGGGCACGGGAUCGCGGGUGUUUCUGCCGGUGUAUACGCGGGUGAUGAGCCAGUUCCAUGGCGGGACGUUGGACUGGGACGAUGCACAGACAGAGAUAGAUCUGGAGCGGAUUGGCAGGAUGGUGGGUGUAGGAUUGGAUUGGCGACCGGAGGAGUUCUUUGGGCCACCGUCUCGUGUUUUCGUCUCAUUUGCGCCCACAGGUCGGGCUGGGCAGGGUGAGGCGACCGGGCUGACGCGCUUCGCGUUGUUCGUCACGGGCACGAUGGCCGACGCGGACAACGACGUGGUGAUGGACGGCAUGGGCGCCGAGCCAGAGGCGGAGGCGGUGGCGCCGGCCAGCGCAGCAGCAGCCACCAACGGACAUGCGACAGCGGGCAGCCAGGACAAGAGCGACGUCAAGGACGCUGGUAAUGGCGAGAGCAAAGCGGCAGCCGAGACGUCAGAAGAAAGUGCACUGGGCUAUCCGGUGGACUUCAAGCGGCGCGGACUGCUGCCAACGGGCUGCUGCUACGACGACCGGAUGAAGCUGCAUGCCAAUGCGGACUUUGGGCCAGGGCCUCACCACCCGGAAGACCCGGCGCGGAUCUCGGAGAUCAUGGCGGCGUUCAAGAGGGCCGGGCUGGUGUACAUGGGCUCGGAGGCCGACCUGGUCAAGAUCAUGCGCGAAAGCCCGACCAAGUACAUGUGGCGGAUUGCGACGCGUGACGCGACCAAGGAGGAGAUUCUGCUGGUGCACCACCCGCGGCACUUUUACUGGGUCAAGGAGCUGUCGGUGAAGCCGACGUACGAGCUGCGGGAGAUGAGCAAGCUGAUGGACGAGGGCCGCGACUCGCUGUACGUGGGCUCGAUGACAUAUGAGGCCGCACUGCUGUCGGCAGGCGGAGCGAUAGAGACGUGCAAGGCGGUGGUACGGGGCGACGUGAAGAACGCGUUUGCGGUGAUCCGGCCGCCAGGCCACCACGCGGAGUACAACCAGCCGAUGGGGUUCUGCCUGUUCAACAACGUGCCGAUCUCGGUGCGGGUGUGCCAGAAGGAGUAUCCGGACGUGUGCCGCAAGGUGUUGAUCCUGGACUGGGACGUGCACCACGGCAACGGGAUCCAAAACACGUUCUACGAGGAUGCGAACGUGCUGUACAUCUCGCUGCACGUCUUUCUGGACGGACAAUUCUACCCGGGGACGCCGACGAACCCGUCGACGCCGGACGGCAACAUCGACAAGUGCGGCGCGGACGCAGGGCUGGGCCGCAACGUGAACAUUGGGUGGGACAACCAGGGUAUGGGCGACGCGGAGUACAUGGCGGCAUUCCAGAAGAUUGUGAUGCCGAUUGCGAGCGAGUUUAACCCGGACCUAGCGAUCAUUUCGGCGGGCUUUGAUGCGGCAGCGGGCGACGAGCUGGGCGGCUGCUUUGUGACGCCGGCAUGCUACGCCCACAUGACGCACAUGAUGAUGUCGCUGGCGGGCGGCAAGCUGGCCGUCUGUCUGGAGGGUGGCUAUAACCUUCAGGCGAUCUCGGCGUCGGCGCUGGCGGUAGCGCGAACGUUGAUGGGCGAGCCGCCACCCAAGUUCGAGGUGCCGAAGCUGGGAAAGGCGGCGGCGCGACUGCUGGCACGGGUGCAGGCUCACCAGGCGCCAUACUGGGAGUGCAUGCGGCCGGGCGUGGUGGACGUGGCCGAUCUGCAGGCGCACGGGGGGGUGCGGCUGCACGACGUCGUCCGGGCGUACCAGCGGCAGCAGCUGUCGGCGCAGCACGGCAUGUUCCCGCUGUUUGUGCAGCGCAGCACGAUCUACAAGACGUAUGAGGACCAGGUGCUGGUGACGCGUAGCCUGCAUGCGGCGCGGCGGAUUAUGGUGAUCAUGCACGAUCCGCCGGAACUUGUGGGCCAGCCAGACGUGCUGGACAACUCGCUGGACGCACACAAUGCGUGGAUGAGCGACGGGGUGAUGCCGCACAUCGAGUGGGCCAUCGGCCAGGGCUUUGGGAUCAUCGACAUCAACGUACCACACUACCACACACAGCCGGAGGACACGGAGUCGCACGUACCUCGCAUGACGGAGGAGGCCAUGCAGGGCCAGCUGCAGGAGCUGGUGUGCUACAUCUGGGACAACUAUCUACAGAUUGCGGACGCGGCUCAGCAGAUUGUGAUUGUGGGCGUGGGCCAGGCUUAUCUGGGAGUGAAGAUGCUGCUUGUGAACAGAGACUGCAAAUCCCGCAUCACCGGGGUGGUCAACUUUGUCAGCGGCAGCCUGCGGGCGGUCAAGAGCGAUGCGGAUCCGGACCUGACGCAGUGGUACAAGACGCACUCACGGGUGUACGUGGGCAACGACCAUGCGUGCUGGCAGACCAACGAGUUCAUCCGCAAGAUCAACAAGCGGCGAUUCGGCGACGUGGUGCGCAGUCCGUUCACGGGCCUGAACCGCAUGCUGCGCGAGCACGCGGCCGAUGCACACGAGUGGAUCACGGAGCGGUUGCCCGAAGAGCAUGGAAAUACGACAGAGGACGACAGCUAG